GGUUAUUCGAACUUCAGACGUUGUAGCGAGAAGUUGCGUACGCGCACGUUCAAUUCCAAACGCUCCUUGUUUACAAUAAUUUUACUGACAGUUGCCACGUGCUCCCAAGUGUAUGAGGUGGGUUAUUGAUUAUUUUAUAGCUCAAAUUGCGCGAGUCACAAGUUAUCCAGUUUAAUUUAGAAUAGGUACUUGUUAAAGGUGCAGAAAUUUGGAUUCACACAUUAAGGUGUUAAAAAAGUAACAUCUUCAAAAUAGGCUACUACGAUAAGGAUCUUAAAAUGACUCUACAAGCUGCAGAAUCACCUGUCAGAUAUGGUAUACCUCUAGAAUGGGAACGAGUUUCUUAUUACAGGAACGAACUUUCACAUACGUACGAUGAAGAUGAACUACCCAGAGAUCCCAGACAAUGGACACGAGAAAACGUUGCAGAAUGGUUAAGACACGUGAUGUCAGUACACAAUCUCCCAGAAAUACCACCCUCAAGAUUCCUAAUGAACGGAAAAGCUCUUUGCCUGAUGUCACCCAGUAUGUUCCUCAGCAGAGUUCCUUUAGGUGGUAAAUUACUAUACAAAGAUUUCCAGUUAAGAUUAUGCGCAGCUCUGUAUUCGAGAAGUUAAAUUGGUUGCUACGUGGAUUUAUUUAUUAUUAUUUUAAGAAGAAUUUUUAUACUUUAAUAACAUUGGAGAGUGUAACAAUAGUUUGGCAUUACUUAGACCCAAAUGCAUUUUCUGAUUUAUUACGAAACCUGUACUAGUCCAGGCUACCAAGGUUAAAAUGAGGUUUAACCUCCGGUUUCCAUGAAUCUGCAUCGAUUUGCAUGAAAAUUCGGAAUUAAGCUUGACUUAUGGGUGAAAACUACCCCUUAUUGCAAAAAAUCAAUAAAAUCAUAAAUAUAAGCAUUUAAUGAGUAGAAAAAUAGGUUUGAAUAAAAGUUGUUUAAUGCUUCAAUAUAUUAUUUAUGAUUUUUAUAACCUACUUGAUGUAUUUCAUCCAUUAUAAAGCACCCCCGGUUAAUAUAAAAUUUUAAAAAAUAUUAUUUAAUUACUUUAUGGUACCUUACUUAUAUUAAAUUGACUCUUUUGUUUGUGUUUAACUCAAAUAAUUUGCGACCCAAAUGUUCAACCAUCAUAAAUCAUUCCUUAUUUCGAAAAAAAUUGAAAAAAAAAUAUUUAUAGACGUAUUGGUUCUUUUUGAUGAUUUAUUUAUUCAAAUAAAAAUCUUUUCAUCUGUUUUGACUUGAAUAUUUUGUAUUUAUAAUUUUCAAUCCCUAUAAAUCAUCCCCUAUUUCGGAAAAAAUUGAAAAAAAAAUAUUUACUGACGUACUUAUACAAUUUUUUAAUUUAUUUAUUUCAAAUUGACAUUUUUUUAUCUCCUAACUUGAAUUUUAUGUAAUUAGAAUUUUUAACCCCUAUAAAUCAUCCCUUAUAACAAAAAAAUGAAAAAAUUAUGCACAAUAUUUAUAUACUUCCAAAAUCUACCUGCUCCAAAAUUUAAAAGUAAGGUGUAUUUCGUUUUUUGGACAUAUCUCCGAUAAUUUUCAAGCAAAUUAAUUGAUCAAAACGUAGAUUUAUGGAGAAUUUUAUAACCCAUAAGUUUAUAAACGUUUCAAAUUUCUUUAGCACUCAUAUUUUUUAAAAGGCAAACGUUUAAAAGGUUCGAAAAUUGUAUCAGCCAGAUGUUGAGGUACGAUUUGUAAGGUCAUAUCUCAGUUAUUUUAGAAGUUAGAAAAAAUUUAAUAAAGCAAAAUAUUUGUUACAAAAAAUUUUAACUUUUUGUUCUGUAUCGAUUUUAUGUAUAUCUAAUAGUUUUUCAGAAAUUUUGAAAAAACGAUGAAAUUUUUAACAAUUUCGAAAAUAAUUUUUCGACUUUAAACAUAAUUUUGUUUGAAAUCAAGCAUUCUAAAUCGUUCAAACUUCCAGAAAUCAUUAUUAGUACGUAAAUAAAGUAAAUCAUCACUUUAUAUUUUUAUUACCAUUUAGGGAGGUAAGGUUGAAAUUGAGGUUUUAUUCUACAAAAAGAAUAUAAAUUUAUUUGAUUUCGGCCAUAACUUCCUUAGUUCUUAUACUAAAGAGUUAUACUGUUAUAUUAACUCUCAUUUUGAAGCUUUUUAAAAGUAGUUUGAAAAAUAUAUGCAAUUACGUCGAAAAGUUUACCGUCUUUCCGUUACUCGACGUUGAAUUUUUAAAAAAUUUUCAUUCAAAAAAUUUCAACCUUUAAUAAAUGAUAACUCAGUUUGUAUUAUGCCUAAAGCAAAUUUAAAAAAAAAUAAUUUCUUUGUUUUUUAUAAACUUCAUUUUUGUUUCUUACACUUUUUCUGGUAAAAUCAAAAGUAUUCGAGUCAUUCAUGAAAAAUAUUUUUUUUGACUGAAAAUCCCAAGUUUUCAAUCGUGAUUAACUAAAAAUCUAUUGAUUUUUCAAAAAAAAAGCUUAGAACAUUUUUUUUUGAAAAGUUGGUCAAUUUCCGCGGUUAUUUUCAACAUAACAAUUUUCACUCCCUAGUUGGGGUGGAACACACCCCUAAAAUCGAAGCAGAUUCAUGGAAAUCGAAGGUAAAAACCUAUGUAUCCUGGACAAUAUGUAUCUUGAACACAAACAUACAAAUGAUUUCUCUACGUUGUGAGUCUGGACAUAAGGACUUGUUCAUUGGACAUCUUCUAGGUCCUGAUUUUGUAUAAUAUCAGAAAAGAUUUAAUUUUAUGUUCAUCUACCUCAGUAUUAAAACUGUUGUUUUAUGAAAAUGAUGUAAAAUAUGACUGACUUCUAUGUAAUAAGUGUAAUAAUUUGUAUAUUUUGUUUGGCCUAGUCAUGUAUAUAUAUAUAUAUAUAAAACUGAAAAUAUAUUGAUUUAAAAAAC